AUGUGGACAGCGAUCCGGGGCGCCGUGCGAGCGCUGUCGACGGCGGCGGGCGCGCGCGAGUGGACGCCGCACUCUCGACGCGUAGGUCUGCUGACGCGGAAGAAGGGCAUGACGAGUAUGUUUCUGCCCGAUGGCGAGCGUGUACCGGUGACGGUGCUGCUGGUCGAUGCGAAUCAGAUUUCCAUGCAUAUUGAGCGACCCGCGCCCUCGCCGGACGAGGCGCCGUACAUCGCGAUGCAGGUGGCGGCGACGGACGCUCGGGCGCACACGGUGACGGCGCCUGUGCGUGGCCACCUCGCACGGGCGGGGCUGGGCCCCAAGCGCGCGAUCAAGGAGUUUCGUGUGACGCGCGAUGCGCUGCUGCCGGUGGGCACGCACUUGUCGGCCGCGCACUUUGUGCCGGGGCAGGACGUGGAUGUGCGCGCCGUGACGCGCGGCAAGGGCUUUGCGGGUGUGAUGAAGCGGCACAACUUUGCGGGUGGCAAUGCGUCCCACGGUGCGUCGCUCGCGCACCGCACGCCGGGCUCGGUCGGCAACAACCAGGACCCCGGGCGCGUGUGGCCCGGCAAAAAGAUGCCCGGCCGCAUGGGCGGCACGCACCGCACCGUGCAGAACCUGCGCGUGCUGCGCGUCGAUGUCGAGCAGGAGCUGCUCUUCGUCCAAGGCCACGUGCCAGGGCCGAACGGCGGUGUGGUGGAGGUGCGUGACGCGCUCAAAAGCCUCGUGAAGCAGGCGUACUUUUUGUACCGCAAGGGCGUGACGCCGGCGGGCGAGCUGCUCGAUCCGGCGAAGGGCCCCGCGCAGUACCUGCCACACGGCGUGGUGGGUCUGCCGUUCCCGGCGGGCACGCGCGAGCUCGCAGCGACGCUGCCGCCGAUUGUCGAGGUAGAGGCGUAG